AUGCCUCCCGACAAUUUCGCCCUAGUGACCGGAAUGGUCUAUCGGAGCAGCUUCCCAAAGCCCGAAAACCUGCCGUAUCUGAAGAAGUUGGGGCUGAAGACUAUCCUGACGUUAGUUGGCGAUGAAUAUCCCGAAGCGAAUGUCGAAUUCUUGAAGGAGAAUGGCAUCACCCACCAUCAGAUCGAUAUGCCCGGCAACAAGGAGAAUUGCAUCACGCCCGUUCCCGACGAGAAGAUCACCUCUGCUCUUCAGAUCAUUCUUAACCGCAGGAAUCAUCCCAUACUGGUUCACUGCAACAAGGGAAAACAUCGUACCGGAACGGUCAUUGGAUGUCUCCGCAGGUUUCAGGCGUGGUCCCCCGCUCUCGCCCUGGAAGAGUAUCGAAAAUUCGCCGGUUCCAAGAGUCGACCCCACGAUCUUAAGAAGAUCGAGGCAUACCGACUCGAGGCUUGUCUGGACAUGGCCUGGGAGCACGACUGGAUACCAACAACGUUUCCGGACGAAAUCGAAGAGGAAGGAUCCGAAACCCCCCUCUCGAUCAUGUGCCCGGCCGCCAUAAAAGCCCAAUAG